AUGACAUCGAAUUUGGCUGCCGAAGAAAUUGCUGACCACGCCGUGAAUCUGAGACAAGAGGCCCUGCGGAUUAACAGAGGAAAAAUCAACGGUUCGAUUGAUGAAGUGAACAUCCUCGAAAACGUGAACAUAUCGAAAAAUUUUCAAGAAAACGUUGUUCAGCCAAUUCUGAAGCGGGAUGAGUUUUUGGGCCGCAUUACGGAAAUGGUCUAUUUUCUUCCGUUCACAAGGCCUGAGCUUUUGCAGUUGGUGACGAAGGAGCUGGAAUUUUGGAAACGAACCGCGAAGGAAAAGCAUAAGAUCGAUUUGGAGUGGGAUAACGACGUGCUGGAUUAUCUGGCCGAUGGUUAUAAUAUCCGAUACGGCGCCAGGUCGAUCAAGCAUGAGGUCGAGAAACGAGUGGUAAACAAGUUAGCCGCUGCUCACGAAAGAAGUUUGAUAAGCGAUGGCUGUAAAGUACGGCUUCACAUUAAAGCUUCACAGAAUCAAGAUGAGCAGAAGGAUAAAGCGACGGCGAAUAGGAGCGGUUACGUAAUCGAGCUUGAAAUCGUUGAACAACCGAAAGAGAAAGAACGGUCGAAAAUUCUUGGCAUUCCGCUUCCGGAAAAGUUUCUUCAGUCUGUCCGUUCACUGUAA